AUGGAUAAAUUUGUGAUCAUCUACUUCUCCAUGAGCUUUUUUGUGUUUUUUGUGCUGCAAAAGCUCCUCUUUGUUCUAUGGUGGAAACCUUUGAGAAUCCAAAAGCUGUUCCAUAAGCAAGGUAUAAAAGGGCCACAGUACAGGCCAGUUAUAGGGAGUUUGAAGGAGCUCGCGGUUAUCUACCGCCGCGCGAAGGAGGAGUCGCCGACGCCGACGCCGCUGCCGCUACCGCUGCAGCCGCAGAGCUGCAAGGAGAACACCAAGCAGCACAACUUGGUCCAGCAUAUCUUUCCCCACUUGCCUCCUUGGAUCAAUAAAUAUGGAAAGAACUUUUUAUUCUGGUUCGGGCCAUUGCCCAGGAUCGUGGUGACAGAACCGGAACUGAUAAAGAAGAUGUUCAGUGACCCUAAAGAGUUCAUAUUACUUGUACAGCAUCCAGCUUUGUAUCAGCUUAUUGGAAAAGCACUUCCUUUGGCCGAGGGAGAUGCAUGGGCCACCAAUAGAAAGCUCCUUAGCCCCUUCUUCAAUUUGGAGUCCCUUAAGGGUCUGUCACACAUAGUUAUAGAAGCCACGGAAAAAUUGGUGGAAACUUGGAGUAAUUUAGCAAAGUCCAGUGAAUGGGAAGCCGAUGUGUACAGCGAGUUCGAAGAGCUUGUUCAGAACAUCGCGGCCGCCGUCGUGUUCGGAAGGAAUGCCAAGGAAGGGAAGUACAUUGGCCAUCUGCAAAUGAAGCAGGAAAACCUGAUAGCAGGAGCAUUGCGGAAUGUUUACAUUCCUGGCACAAGGUUCCUCCCUACAUCCUUCAAUUUGAGGAGCAAUUGGCUAAGAAAAGAAGUGGACAGGCUGCUGAUGCAGCUUAUCAAGAUACGAGACGCGAAUAGAGAUACGACAGAAAGCGACUUACUCAGUUAUCUGCUCUCGUCGUCCAUGCCUCGCGAACAAAUCAAGGAAGAGUGUCGCGUCUUUUCGGUGGCUGCUUACGAGACUGUAUCUAUACUUCUGUCCUGGACUUUCAUAAUGCUGGGCACAUUUACUGAGUGGCAGGACAAAGCUCGCGAAGAAGUUAGUGAAGUGCUCAAAGGGAAUAAUCCCUCCUUCGAAACUCUCAGCCGAUUCAAGAUACUCAACAUGAUAAUCAAUGAGACUCUCCGACUGUACCCUCCGGUCCCGACAGUAAUCCGCGGAGUGAAGGAAGACACAAAACUAGCAAACCUAACCGUUCCCGCGGGAACAGGCUUCAUAGUGCCUAUAAUCGCAAUACACCACGACAAGGACUUGUGGGGCGAGAACGCCGACGUGUUCGACCCGAGCCGCUUCUCCGAGGGUGUGGCUAAGGCCGCGAAGCAUCCAAUGGCCUUCAUGCCAUUCACUGUCGGUCCGAGGAUAUGUAUAGGGAUGAACUUCGUCUUGAUGGAGGCUAAGAUCAUCCUGGCAAUGCUGCUGCAGAAGUUUAGAUUUGUGGUGUCUCCGAACUACAAACACGAGCCGUCGUACAGCGUCAUCAUGAAGCCCGGUAAGGGUGCGCAGAUCGUACUCACGAGAAUAUGAUCUCGCGAAUCAAAUGUGUAUGUAUUGUUUGUGAAAUGUAGAGCCUUAGUAUCUGCUUCUUUGUUGAGUAUCAAUUGUAAUAGAAUUAUACAGUACUGGACAUGUUAUCAGCUUUUGAUUAAUAAAGGAAACAGUUAUGGUCUUGGAUUG